GGACUGGCGUGGCCAAGGUGGCCCUGGACUGGCGAGCGAUUCCGAUCCGCGCCCGGGAUGAGCACGGAGCGGGAGGCGCAGGGCUGAGUCUGGGCGGGUAGUGCGUGGACCGGCACCGAGGGAUGCUAGCGGUUAGGACGGUCAGGAGCAAACUCAGGAUGGGGACCAUCUGCUCCCCCCACCCCAGCGGGACCAAGACGUCAGCGGAGGUCUGCAACGCCGACUGGAUGGCCUCGCUGCCCCCUCAUCUCCACCACGUCCCCCUAUCCAAUCUGGCGAUCCCAGGCUCUCACGAUUCAUUUAGCUACUGGGUAGAUGAGAAGUCCCCAGUGGGACCUGACCAAACCCCAGCCAUCAAACGCCUCGCCAGGAUCUCUUUGGUGAAGAAGCUAAUGAAGAAAUGGUCUGUUACCCAGAACCUGACAUUCCGGGAGCAACUCGAGGCUGGGAUCCGCUACUUUGACCUGCGCGUGUCUUCCAAACCAGGGGACGAUGACCAGGAAAUCUACUUCAUCCAUGGGCUUUUUGGCAUCAAGGUCUGGGAUGGACUGAUGGAGAUUGACUCCUUUCUUACACAGCACCCCCAAGAGAUUAUCUUCCUAGAUUUCAACCACUUCUAUGCCAUGGAUGAGGCGCAUCACAAAUGCCUGGUUCUGCGGAUCCAGGAGGCCUUUGGAAACAAGCUGUGUUCUGCCUGCAGCGUGGAGAGUAUGACGCUGCAAACCCUGUGGGAGAGGCACCACCAGGUUCUUAUUUUCUAUCACUGUCCCUUCUACAAACAAUACCCCUUCCUGUGGUCAGGAAAGAAGAUUCCAGCACCCUGGGCAAAUACCACCAGUGUGAACAAACUAAUCCUCUUCCUGGAGACCACGCUGAGUGAGCGAGCCCCCACCGGCUCCUUCCACGUCUCUCAAGCAAUUCUCACCCCCAGGGCAAAGACCAUUGCACGAGGUUUGGUUGGUGGCCUCAAGAACACUCUGGUUCAUAGGAAUCUCCCUGCCAUCCUGGAUUGGGUGAGAACUCAGAAGCCUGGAGCUAUGGGAGUCAACAUCAUCACGUCUGAUUUUGUGGAUCUCGUGGACUUUGCCACAACUGUUAUUGAGUUGAACGACCUCCUGCAGGAGAAUAGAGCUUUGGCUAAAUGCUGAUUUAUUUUUUUUUAACUUCAUGUUGAAUUUGUUGAUCCAGGGUAGAGUUCUGAAGUGUUUCCCAUUAGGAUGCCCCUGGGCAGUAAAUGGAACAGUAAGAAGAGGAGGGCAUUUUUUGCUUCCUUACUCACAGGGCCAUGUGGAUAAAAUUACAAGCCUUUAAAUUGCAUUUUUUUUCCCAAAUGAGACUUUUAUACAAACAUUAAGUCCAAGGGAAGAAAGCAUGUUUUGUGUGACAAAGAUAAAACUAUUCCCAAUGGCUCAUGGUACUGAAUGUAAUGUGGAAGGGUCUCCAAGUUCCACUGGGGCCUUAAUUGCCCCCUUUGACUCAGAUCCCUCAUUGGAUCCCAGAGGGGUCCAGUGUGUUUGAGCCUAGGAGGAGGCUAAAACAUAAAGGUGUUUCUGGUCAAAAGAAUGACUCAUUGAGGUUCUGUACAGCCACACAGGGUAGACCCAACACCAACCUGGGAUUGUGAAGGGGGAAAAUAUUAAGACCCUGUUCUCUCUAGGAUGUUGAGUGUCACUACUUUUUCACUGAGAGAUUUAAGACUUAUUUAUCACCAAGGUAUUUCAGCCACAAGCUGUUCUGAGCUUCAGCUGAUCACCUGAACUCUUUAGAUGAAUAAUGCCUAUUGUCAUCAGUAUCAGAAAUGUGGUUCCCGGUUUUUCAACUUGGAUUCCUCUCUAUUUCUUUUAGCCCUGUCUUAAAAGAAACAGAUGGGAGGUAUUUCCAGAAUGGGGCUCCACUAGACAUAGACAUGCAUGUUUGUUGCAUGCCAGAUUUUUCUUAUUAUUAUUUUUAUUUGAAUCUGUAGCUUUUCCCAAAAUGGCUGCCAGGUGAGCACCUGCAUCAUUUUGGCAAAGUCCUCUGCAGAGUGGGAUCUGCAUGCCAGAUGUUGGAGCUGCAUUUUUUUGUUAUUGUUGUUGUUGUCUGCUUAGGACUCGGGUCUGUGCUAAUGGAAGACGCCUUGUCCGUGACACCAUGGAGGCAGACACAGGAUGCAUGGGCGAGUGCAAUGGAUUGAAGGAGGAAGCUCCAAGUGGGUUUGGAGCCAUUCUGUAACUCCUUGAAAACAAGACUACCUCGGGGAUAUUUAGGGUGACGCAUGUCAUCAAGAACUCCCAGUAUGGGAACAUUUCCAGUUUGUGUCUUGACUGUUCUACUUCCUGCUGGUUGCUUUUGGCCCCUGGCCCCUUGAUCACCAUUGCAUGAGGGUUUUGAAUCUCAAGAGGGGAUUUUUUUUUUGAUUGAUAAGAGGUACUUACCUUUAAAGAGCCCUCUUACGGUUUUGUUUCUUAUUUAUUUAUUUGUUGAUUUAUUUAUAGAAUAAGUAACUUCAGUGCUUCUUACCUCAAGAGCACUCACAAAGGAGCUUCCAGAACAGCUCCUACCUAGGCCAGAGGCUUCCCUGGCCUUCUUCUUCUUCUUACCAGGACCAUGCAUCUCAGGACUAUGAGUGAAC